AUGUCCCACGCAUAUCAAUGGUUAACGGACCGACAAAGAAAUAAUAUCUCCCAAAUUAUUUUCACGUUCUCCAACAGAAACAUCUAUUUGUUUUUGCUCUGCCCGUCAGCAGAGGGGACCCAUCACAUUCGAAUAGCCUAUGAAAGUUUUGGAGAGGCUACAUCAGUGAUUUCUGAAAAAAUGUAUUUGGCAGUGGACAAAAAUUGUGUGGAUGUCUUUUGCGAUGACUUGGCAAUGAUUAUCAAGAACCAAGAGUCGGUUCUAAACAUAUUCCAGGCAUCAUUGUCAUCUCGGACAAUGGGAAACUUUGAUGAACCUAUUUCCGAUACCAAUGCCAAUCGAAUUUCUGCUAGUAUUGAAAACGCUUUGAAGUCUAGAUCUUCACUUUUGUGGACCAAAACUCUUUCGACAUUGUUUGCAAGUGUAUCACAAAGUAUUUCGAUGAUACGGUAUCUGGAUCCGAAAUUUCUUAAAUGCGCGGAUUUUUCAUUUGGUGACCUCGUAGAUUGUCGAGAUUUAAUAUGUUUCAAAAAAUUGGAGAAUAUAUAUCGAAUAUCUGUAUUCUUACGGUUCAAUACAGUAACUGAAGAGAAUAUCCACAGUUUCAAUGAGCUCCUCACAUUUUCCAAAAUGUUCGUCGUCAUACAAAUAGUUUUUGCAAAGUGUCACUACGAGAAUUGGAUGGAGAUAUUAGACCCAAAGUUCAAACGAGAAGCAAAUAGAGAUAAACUUAUUCUCUUUUUUCAUGAUCAUUCUAUCCACCGAAAAUCGGCCCAAGUGGAGAGAACAGUAAGCGAAACAAUGGCAAGCAAAACCGAAGCUCGGAAAAUUCUGGUAAAUCCGUUGGCUAUGAAGUUAAUACUAGAAGAACUUGACUGCUUUGAUGUACUGAAACUUCGAAAAGUGUCUUCUGGAAUCCGUAACUGCAUUGAUGAACUGAAAUCUGACCCACAUGUGAAGUCAUAUACGAUUUGUCUGGACAAACAUCAUCAUAGUACAUUAAUUGAACUUACGAGUGGGGCUUACAAGGAAAUCAAAUAUCUUCCCGUCAAAACUGGAGGAUGUGUUAACAAUCAUUAUUUCAAAAAGCUAGACGCACGAGCUCAAUCAUUAAAAGAUGCAGAGACAAUUCUGAAGAAUAUGAAGGCGUGUUUGGAAGAACUCCGACUUGUUUAUCACUGCUUUUCAAUCUAUCAUCUCGGAAGCAAGGAUUAUUUGGGCUGGUAUAGUGAAAAGUUUUCUGUCGCGUUUGGAAAGAUUCUGAGAAAAAGAUCUACGCCUCUCAAGAUCAAAAGGUUCGCGAUAAGCUGCAAGUAUCAGAAUGAGGUGAUGGCGAUUCUACCACACAUUGACCCACGCUCAUUGAAGAUUCUAGAAAUUUUGUAUCCUUCGAAACAAGUAAAUCUGAAAUUCGAAAACAUUGUAAAAGUGAGGUUCGAAGUCGAUCGAAUAUCUGAGACAAAGCAGUGGAGAAAUGCGGAACAACUGAUUGGCAACUAUCUGAUCAUAACUACGCCCAUUCAAAAAAUCAGAAUCCUUCACUUUGUCAAUUUGGAUGUGUUGGUGGAGUGUUUAUCCACGGAAGAUGUGGUUUACUUAAAAACUAACCUCCUCGGGAAACCAAUUUUUCAAAAGUUCCGAAUAUCAUUUCUGACCUCUACUAUCGAUGAAUCCCUCAAUGAGCUCAUUGGAGAACCGUACCGUACCGUUCCGAACAUCAAAAAGGCUUGGUACUUCCGAAUUCCCUACACAGAGUACUACAUGCAUAUUGCAUUGGAUAUUCAUAAUUUGAUAAUCCUCAUGAUCUUAUUCCUAUUGUUCACUGGCCUAGUUGCCUAUCUGUUCCAUGAACUCUAUUGGAAACGGAGAAACCUUCCACCCGGUCCUAUUCCGAUUCCACUUAUCGGAAAUAUGCUAGGAUUGGUGAUGGAGAAGCCAGGGUAUGAGUGUUUUAGAAGAUGGACCAAAAAAUAUGGCGAUAUUUAUACGUUCUGGUUGGGUGAGUUAAAGGAUGUCCCAUAUGUAUACAGGGUGGCUGAAAAGUAUUGA